AUGGAUCAGCACGUUGGUCUGGGGAACAAUGAGGAUGUGUCAUUCGCCGAUUUCAUACGGGUGCAUAAAGGCCACCUCUGGAAAAGGUGCCAAAAAACAUUUAGCUUCUAUGUCUCACCUUUACAUUCGAAAUACAGAGUGAUGAACGGAUGGGGCAAGACGCGACCAACGCAACAACUUGUCAAGAAGGUGAACAAGCAAAUACGUCGUGAGCACAAAGCUACCGUUUCAGCAGUUUUCUUAUUCUGUUGGUUGCCAUUUUUUACUCUGCACCUCAUUAAUUCUAUUUGCCUUAUCAAUAAGCAGGAAGAUGGAUGUAUGGGCGUGCUUCCUUUAUUUCUUGCAACAUGGCUGGGAUAUAUAAACUCGUCGUUAAAUCCACUAAUUUACACGGUGUUCGACCAACGCUUUCGCAAUGCAUUUCGAGCUAUUCUCUGUCGUGGAAUCGUCAGGAGGUGA